AUAUUUUUGAUUAGUUUUAAUCAAAAUUUAUGUCAACCAUUCCCAAGAGCUAAUGGUCCGCAUCCUGACAUCGUAAGGGGUCGCGAAAGUCAUGGCCCCGAGUGCUCUAUUGACUAUAGUAUUGAUUAUAUAAUACUAGCACUUCAGUGGCCAACCAGUUAUUGUCUGCAACAACAGCGCUGUAAUCGUCACGCAAAUCAUAAUCGAUGGCAAAUACACGGUCUUUGGCCGCAGCGUCAGGUUUAUGGUGAGCCACCGGCACAGUUCUGUUGCACCCGAAAUCCAUACAAUCCAAGUUUAUUAGACCCGCUUAGAGAUCAACUAUUGGCCAAAUGGAUGAGUCUGAGAGACGACGCCCGACACGACUCAUUUUGGCGACACGAGUGGACUAAACACGGCUCGUGUGGCCGCCGAUCGCCAUCACUGGCCAAUCAAUUCUUAUACUUCAAUACAACACUAUCACUAUAUGAUUCAUUUCCGUUAAAAGAUUGGUUAAGUCGUUCAGAUAUAUUGGCGUCAAAUGAUCGGCUAUUUUCUGUGAACCACUUUCACGAUGCCAUUGAAAAGCAUCUGAAAAGUCGUGUCCGCCUCGAGUGUAGCCUCAAUCGCGGACCACCUGAAGCUCAAUCACCACCUAUUUUGGCUGAAAUUCACAUUUGUUUAGAUAGAAAAACAUUAACUCCUAUUGAUUGCCAAAAACGAGAUGACAGACAGUGUUUUUCUAAUAGCAAUAAAAAUCUUGUUUUAUUUCCUAAACAUUAA